GUUUUUUAUAUGCUCCUUAUGACUUUAUAUGCCUUUUUGUCUUUUGUCUUUGUUUCGUCUUUUUAUGUCAUCGCUUUGUUAUUUCAUUGAUAAAAACCUAAAUACUGCAAAAAAAUAACGUUAGGAAAGUUUUCCUGAUCAUAGACGGUGAUUGUCUUGUACAGCUUCUCACAUUCUAUGGCUUUUCAGUUUAUCUUAUUCCAUUGGUUCAGAACCUGGUGAACCACUAGUGUCCUAGCCUAUGGGUUCAUUCCUAUGGAACCACUUAAUGUCCUAACUUGGACAUUCUAUGCGAACUGCGACCUGAUGGCGCUGGCGUUUGGAAAUAUAACGGUCGAUUUGGACCUGUGAACGGCGUCAAAACACUGUACUUCUACAAUGAAACAUGCGAGUCGUUUAAAAAAACGCUCUACAUCAAUACGCAAAAUCGGCUUGCCGUCGUGGAUUACCGGUGGGAUAAAGAUUGUCAGCCAAAACCAUUCAUGGUUCCUGCCCACGGCAACUCCAUGAAUGACUUGCCGUUCAACGGCACAACAGGGCUGUCACGGAGAAUCAUCGAAGAAAAUGUUUCCGGACAAAAGCGCUUGGCUGUGGAGGAAAUCGUAGAGGUAUCAACACAAGCUGCCAUACAGGGAAGUUGCAACCCUUUGUCACUACCGCGUGACAAACGGCAGGUCAAGCGGGCCAAGAUUACAAGCAAGAAAUCGGAGAUGGCAGACAUCAUGACAAAGCUGUGUCUUGAAGCUGACGUGUAUUUCCAUUGCACUAUGAUCCGUUGCAAGAAUCGAAACGACGGAAGAAAACACCUCAUUCCAGUCGUCUAUUCACAGUCUCAAGCACUACUUGCGAAGACAUUUGCUCUUUCGGGAUACAAAGGAAAUAAUGCCGUGUUCAGCCCCAUGUAUAUCGACGUCGUGCAUGACAUUGGUGAAUUCUACGUGAUGACAAUUGCCAUUCAACAUCCAUAUCUUCGCAGAAAAGACACAAUGUGUGCCACUAAGCAGCUUUCACGCACAUCUAAAAUGAGAGCGGCCGGAAGAGCGGUCAUUUUGAUUGGUGUUGCUGUUUUAACGGGCCUUACAGCCCCAGAAUUUCAAGCGGGCUUAUACAGUAUCCUCGAACGUUAUCAGUACGUGUGUGACGAAAGCAAAACCAAUUUUACCGAAUGGACACCAACUAUUGUUACGGAUUGUGACGCCGCUCAGCGGAAAGCCAUUACCACUUUGCUGCCAAAAGCCAAGUUGUUGUCGUGCUUUCUGCAUAUGAAGGAUAAUUUUAAGAGGCACAUGAAGUACACUCUAAAGCUUGACGAGAGCGCUGUGAAGAAGGUCAUCAGUAUUUUUUUCGGGAAUGCCGAUAUCAGUUCUGCUGAGUAUUGCAAAGGACUAAUCGACUCCGCGUCGGUGCAAGAGCUUGAUGAAACAUUCGGUUUUCUGAACGAGAAGCUGAACGAGUUGGACCCUGGAAUUGCGGAAUACUAUCUGAAAAACAAACGAGAUGAAUUUGCCAAAAGAGGAAUUUUGCCUGUGCGACAAGCGGCAGGAUUUGGAGAAGACCACGUCACAAAUAACGUCGCAGAAACUGCAAACUUUGAAUUUAAGCACAAACUCCGGACAACUGCUAACGGAAAGGUGUCUUUGAUCGACGUUAUACAGCAAGCGAAAUCGUUAGUGAGCCGGCAGGACAAAUACAUUGCGGAAGCAAUCAUAGGUAGCGGUGAGUUGAUCUUAUCAGACACAGCGCCCUUUCGUCAGUGUUCGCUUGACAUCUUAUACGACGACCACAAGUAUCGGACAGUCUUACGUUCAUUGUUUGGUGGGGACAUUAAGUCAGACCCUUUGCUUGACCGUCGUACUGCGUUGGGAAAUGGAAAACCUGAACCUGUUAAACUGCAAACGUCCUUCGAAGAGUCACAUCUGUCGGUAGACUUUAAACAAUACUGGCGCUCACCUACCGAGCUAAUCAGCGGCGGAAAGGUACAGGCUGCUCCGUCAAAAAUGGGAGUCAACAUAUUCCUGGCUGAAGACCGAAGCGGCGGGUUUCACCGUGUUAAGUGGAUGGAGAAUGAUCGGGCAGAGUGCAGCUGCUCCACGUUCAAAGCUAAGCAAUUUUGCGCGGAUAUAAUGUCAGUUGCGCAUUUGAAACAGCGAAUGCCGGAAUUCUUAGCUAAUUUAAGAGAUAGUUUGCCGGCAUUUCCAAAAGUUAUAGGCCCGACAUUGGAAGGAAAGGGUAGAAAAGGUGGUGACAAGCGUAAAGGUGACAGAAAGUUGUCUCAAGGAGCAACAAUGCGGUCCGGGCUGGUUGCUGUCGAGAAUCUUCCACGGAAACCAGAUCACCCUUGCUCGUCAAGUAGUGUUGUGGUGGAUGCUGAUGAUGACGACAGACAAGUGCGAAUGUUCAAUACACGGUUGGCUGAUAAACCGGACAAUGAAAGCGGUCAGGCGAAGCGAGUGAAACUAUCCAGUGUGCGAGCUACUUCCGGAUCGCAUCCUCAACUGCAAGAACUGGAAGCUGCUGAGCAAAAGCUUAAAAGAGAAAGGUCACCAGGACCGUGUCCAUGUUGCGCUGCUAUUACCGGAAGAAAACUGAAGCCAUGGCAAAUGGGUGACCAGCCUUUCAUCAUAACCAGAGAUAACUCCAUUCACGAAAAUACCGUUUGUCCUGGUUGCCGCCAGAAGUUUAUCGACAAUCCUCCAAAACAAAAUCUGAUAAUUAUGCGAAAAGAAUUGGACUAUGUCAGCGGGAGUGGCAGCAAAGCUAUCAUUAAGCAGCCCAAAAGUCGGAAGUACUGUUUGAAAGUUUCCUGCAUUCAAAAGCGGCACCCAAAGUUUUCCCUGCCAUUCGCAAAUCAGCUGGACGAAACAGUGCGUUUUACACCAGAGGAACUGAAAGCUAUCGUAGAGUUUCGCGGAGAGCUAUUUGACAACAGUUAACUUUGUUGCUUUAGUUUGUUCAACUGCUUUGCAGCGUACAUUGUGGUCAUAAUUAAUUUCCUUGUUUCUUGUGAGGUCACUUACGUUGCCGCUUUUUCGCGUACGUUGUUUGUCACAGUUGAUUUCCUUGCUUUUUGGGUUGGUAACCUACUUUGUCGCAUAUUAACUAGCUAUGUACACUUACUUUGGCUUUCUUGUAUUACAAUUUCUUUUUGCUGCAUAAACUUGAAUACCAUAACAGGUAAAUCGAGGAAGACAAGUAAUAACUGG